UAAACUCAGUCCAGUUAAGGGUUUUAUUUACUACUAACAAACGUAUUCACCAUGUGCUAAGUGCUGCAGGGAAUCCCAGCCCGUUUUCCUCCAUCAAAAAGGAAAACUAGGAGGCCCCAAUACUUUACUUGUAGAUUUUCCAGUUUCUACCAUUCCCUGUAAGGCACUGAGACGCAAGAUUUCAAGGCCCACUCGGGGUACCCUGGCAUGGACAUCGAGUCGUUCUAGUGCUGAGCUUCAAAACUAUUCCUUUCCUUCCCUUUCUUCUUCAUACCAGACUCUAACCUGUUCUCUCUAGCUUCGAAUUAUUCUCUGUAUGGUCGAACAUCUUACUCCACAAAUAACUUCUGAAGUGUUGCAGUUGUCUUACCCAAAUACCUGAACUCAGCUUGUCCCGAGUACCGCGAUCCCGUGUACUGCUAAUGGGAAUAUAGUUAACCCAACUAGUAUGAGGUCCCCAGUACACAGCAGCUCCAAGAUCAAGGCGACCGAGUAACACACUGCUUGCCUAGACUCAGGCCAAGUUCGCAGAGUGAUCCUGGGGUUAUUUUAGAACGUGUCCCUUGCUUCCCAGAUAAAUUCAGUCGUUAACUCGAGUCCGGAUGCCCACGACCAUUCAGAUAAGGUGAGCUACAGCUUCAAUGCCUUGAGGGGCUUGGCAGGGCUCGGGCUCAUCCCGGAGAAGCAGCCCCGCUUUCCAGACUAGCAGUUCCCAGGGAUGGGUGUGUGCUAAUCGCAGGCCAACAAGCCCAGCGCGGUACAGCCGUCCCAUUGUGACGGGAGGCAAGAAACCCCGCCUCGGCCCCCUGACGCAGGGCAGACCCCGCCCCGCGCGUGACGCCAGCGUCAGGCCAGCCCCGGCAUGCUCCGCGGCCGCCCGCGGUCCAGCGCCGACAACAGGAAUUUUCCCCGAGAGCGGGCCGGGCUCAGUUCAGCUGCUGUCCAGACCCGGAUCGGCGACAGUGCCGCCUCCAGACGUUCUCCUGCCGCUCGCCCGCCCGUCCCAGCGCCCCCAGCCCUCCCGCGAGGGCGCCCCGGGACGGAAGGAUCCACCAGUCUGUCGGCGCCCGCCGUUCUCGUGGUCGCCGUCGCCGUCGUCGUGGUGGUAGUCUCCGCCGUCGCCUGGGCCAUGGCCAAUUACAUCCACGUCCCUCCCGGCUCCCCGGAGGUGCCCAAGCUGAACGUCACCGUUCAGGAUCAGGAGGAGCAUCGCUGCCGGGAGGGGGCCCUGAGCCUCCUGCAACACCUGCGGCCUCACUGGGACCCCCAGGAGGUGACCCUGCAGCUCUUCACAGAUGGAAUCACAAAUAAACUUAUUGGCUGUUACGUGGGAAACACCAUGGAGGAUGUAGUCCUGGUGAGAAUUUAUGGCAAUAAGACUGAGUUAUUAGUCGAUCGAGAUGAGGAAGUAAAGAGUUUUCGAGUGUUGCAGGCUCAUGGGUGUGCACCACAACUCUACUGUACCUUCAAUAAUGGACUAUGCUAUGAAUUUAUACAAGGAGAAGCAUUGGAUCCAAAGCAUGUCUGCAACCCAGCCAUUUUCAGGCUGAUAGCUCGUCAACUUGCUAAAAUCCAUGCUAUUCAUGCACACAAUGGCUGGAUCCCCAAAUCUAAUCUUUGGCUAAAGAUGGGAAAGUAUUUCUCUCUCAUUCCCACAGGAUUUGCAGAUGAAGACAUUAAUAAAAGGUUCCUAAGUGAUAUCCCAAGCUCUCAGAUUCUCCAGGAAGAGAUGACUUGGAUGAAGGAGAUUCUUUCCAACUUGGGCUCACCUGUUGUGCUUUGCCAUAAUGACCUAUUGUGUAAGAAUAUAAUCUACAAUGAGAAACAAGGUGAUGUACAGUUCAUUGAUUAUGAAUAUUCUGGAUACAACUACCUGGCAUAUGAUAUUGGAAAUCAUUUCAAUGAAUUUGCAGGUGUGAGUGAUGUAGACUAUAGUCUGUAUCCAGAUAGAGAACUACAGAGUCAGUGGCUGCGUGCUUACCUUGAAGCCUACAAAGAAUUUAAGGGCUUUGGGACUGAAGUUACUGAAAAGGAGGUAGAAAUACUCUUCAUUCAAGUCAAUCAGUUUGCAUUGGCUUCUCAUUUCUUUUGGGGAUUGUGGGCUUUGAUUCAAGCCAAAUACUCCACUAUUGAGUUUGAUUUCCUUGGGUAUGCAAUUGUUCGUUUUAACCAGUACUUUAAAAUGAAGCCUGAGGUUACUGCAUUAAAAGUGCCUGAGUAAAGAAGAGAUUUAAUUAUUCUCCAGUAGCUGAGCAAUGCUUGUGAAUCUUUUCUUAAGAAAUCCCAAAAAGCCAAUAUUAGUUAAAAUUCUGUUAUUUAAUUUGGUUAUCUUGCUUUAUAAAUUAUGCCUCUAAACAAUCAAAUCUAUUUUUGAAAUAGACUGAAUGAUGUCAAGAAAUAUACCUACUGCUAUCCGUAUGUGGUGGAUUAGAAAUGUGUUAAAUCUGCAAAAGGUAUAAAGAUGUCAGUUUAAGCAUUUCUUUGAUAAUUUAACCUAUGUUGUAUGUGAAUUAUUUAUUAUAAACUUAACACGAUUCUGUGACUGUUUUUCUCUGUUUCAUGUUCGUUGAGUGUAAGCAAUGAAAAUGUCCCAAGUAAAUUUUUUUAAGUUUUACUUUAAUAAGAUUAAUUUCAGUAAACAUUCUAGUUGUUCAAUGUAACCUUUUUAUCUUGAUGCAUUGUAAGUAAAAUGAAUCAUUUACUCUUGAAAUGCCAGUCAUUGACUGAUGUAGAUAAUUUAGGAUUUUCAUAUAAAAAUAUCUGUUUAGGAAGGUGAAAUACAUUCACUGUCUCUGUUGGUGGUACAUCUUGUUGAAUUCAAUAUUAGAAAGUAUUUCUUUUUGGGGUAAUAUAACUUAGAAUUAAAUCCCUGUUUCUCUAUGUAGUCUGGCAGUAUAAAUAUAAAUAUUUACCAUAUAAUCUUGGAAUAAGUAUGAGUUAAUGUUACCAAAAUCUGUAUUAAAUAGUGUUUUCAAAUGCUAAAUACGGUCAAGUUACUAUUUUCAGUUUUAAAAAUUUUAUAGUAUCAAAUUGUUUCUAACCAAAAAUUUCCUUUUACUUCUAGAGAUGCUUUAUGUUUUUGAUUAUUAAAUAGUCACUAGUAUUGCUAAUUUUUGAAACAAAUAUACAAAAUUUAUCAUAUGUAGAAAUAAGAAAAUAUUGUUUAGGUUAAUUAUUUUUUACCUAUCCAGAGUCAUUCCUUACAUUUCAGUUUCAUGUUUCAUUCCUUACAUUUUAGUUUCAUGUUUUAGUUUGAUUCUAUGUUUUUAGACUGAUAGCAAAUGAUUACUUGAUACAUGUAAGUUCAGCGUUAUAUGUUGAGGCACUUAUAUAAUUAAAUAAGGAACACUUAGGGCAUUGAUCUUGUACACUUAAAAUCUGACAAAUGACAAAAUGUGAAUUAAGCAUAAAUAGUCAUGGCAGGAGGGCUUUUGUUUAUUUCUCUUGUUUUUGUUUAACUGUAUUUUUAAUUUUGUUUGGUGGUAAGAGGGAGGUAAUUAUUGUAUGGAAAGAAGUUAGAUCUUUCAGAUAGAUAAAUAGGCUUCAGGUUUUGAAGUCUGCUGUGUGUAGUUGAGCAGUCAUGGUUAACUUUACUUAGAAAAUUAGUCUGACAAGCUUUGCACUUCGGUCACAUAAGUGCCCAUGUACAAAGUUGGCUUACUGGAUCUGCAUAUUCAAAAUAUGCAACUACAAAUUUAUCCUCUGAGAAAUCUUCUGAGGAGUCUAAUGUAUUCCAAAUGACUUAAUAUUCUCAGACAAAUGCUUUAAAAUACUUGGAUUAUCUCAAGAUUUUUGAAGCUAAUAAAGUAAAUAGAAACACAGGCCAUUUUAAAUGGUAAAUUCUAGUUACAUAAAUAGAAUCUUAAAAUAUGUUUGUAUCUAUAACAGUGUUAGACCAGAUUUGGUUUCUACCUCCCCAAUGUUAUAAAUGUUCACUUUUGUUUUUAUAAACCAUAUUACUGUAAGAUCAAUAGAACUUUGCCUAGUUGAUUAAGUGAAUGGAACCAAUUAAACAACUAGUAGCUUUUUAUAAUGUUAGUUUGAACUUGAAAAAUUGUUUUUGGUGGAAUUUUUGUCAAUGGUUAGAACAUUUUCAUAAAACAGAUAAAGAAUGUGUGAUACUCUUGAUUUUUUUUUUUUUUUUUGCUUUCUGCCUUCUAAAGUGCAACAGUAUAUAUCUUGUAGAACUGUGGGAGGAGAGAAGAUAAUUUUUCUACCUUACUCCAUAUUCUUACUUCAAACUAUUUUGAAUAGAGGUUCACUGAGCCAUUGCUGAUAGACUGUGCAUAGCUACUAGCUGUCACACUAUUGUAGGUUUUUUGGAGAGAUUCGUAGGGAAGUGAAUGUAACCAGGAAUAAAGGCUCUCACUUUAGCUCUGGGAAUAAUGCAGUGGAUCUUGGGAACAAAAUAAGAUACUUAAUCUAUUUUCCCCAUUCUGGCUAGAUUUUGGUUGUUGUGAUGCUCCUACUUCCUAUAUAGGUUUUUGGGAUCGUGGUGCAGGCUAGUAAUAGGGUUCAGAAUUGCUUCCCUUUUAUAUCGACCAUGUAAGGGAUUCUAAAGGAGGGUAAAUCUCAAAGUGCUCUGAAAUCAUCCCUCUAAAAUUUGUCCUGUGGUGUGCUGAGAUGUCUGUUGCCUUUUAAUGUUAAGCUAAGGAACUUGAAUGCCUUACCUAAUAACUCAACUAGUAGUAAGCUCAUUUUGUAAAUAUGAAAAUGGCUGUAAGAAGUGGCAUUCAUGUAUAUUCAAUGUUAGUCAAUAGACCAUAGUGGCCUGGAUGCUUUAACAAGCAAAAUUCCGCAAUUUUUUUUUCCUUUUUUCCCCUUCAUACUUGUAUGAUCUCACCUGACCAGUGAUUUCUUUUCCUCCUAACCCCAUGCUACCACCAUUUUCUGGAAAUCAAAGAGAUGUGGUAGUAAAUCAUACAGUACACAUGAUCAUCUGAGAUCAAUAUGAGCACAAAACUCAUCAAGUAGGUCUGCCUGGAAUGUAUAUAAAAUAAUGUAAAUAAAAAUUUGUAAAUUAGUGUGAAUUGUAUCUUGCAUAUGAGAUUGUGUAUUGUUUUGCAUUCUCUUCCCUUUUGUAGAAAUUUUUCUGUAAGGAAAUGAUUCAGCUUGUUGGUUUUAGAGUAAAAAUAGCCAACAGUGGUGGCUACACAGUGAGAUCACAGAAACUGGAAAUAGGGUUUGUCGGCUUUGGUUAAUGUCAGUACUUAUUUAGCCUCUCAGUGCUUAAUAAGACUUUUAUUUUUUAGUUAGCCGUUAGGUUUUGUGAGGUUAGAUUCCUGGAAGCAGUGAAUUUAUACACUGUUAUAUUAAUAGAGCUCCGUUCUUUGAGUCAUGAUUCCAAGCUAAGGGAAAUUAAAAAUGUAAUUUAAUAAUUUCCUAUUUUUAGGGUUGUUAAUUUUUUUCUACAAAAAAAUCUUGAAAUUUUAGAUAUCCCAAUGUGAAUCUAAGUUCCAUAUAUACAGAAAUUAGACAAAUAAUAAGUCUUUAGUUCAACUUAAGCAUAUCUCAAAUGACUUCUCUAAAUUUAAAGUUGAUCAUGAGAGGAUCAUAAAAGACAGAAAAGACGUACGUAAUCUUGUAAUGACAAUUAUUUCCAUUUCUGCUGAACUAAAAAUAUUUAACUUCAUAAAUAUAUGUUACUACAGCUUCCAGAUUUAAAGAAAAAAAGUUUCCCCCAAACACUCUCAAUUAAAAGUUAGAACCCUCCACUUUUAAAAUUAUACAAAUAUUUCUUUUUUACAUUACACAGAAGCCUUCUGUACCAUUUUACGAAUUUCUGUCUUCAUAAUGUAAGUGAAAAUACUGUCAUUUCGAUUUUCUGCUUUAAAUUGCUUUUAAUAAGCAUUCCAAAGUGAUACAGACUUAAGCUUUUAAUCAAUCAGUCAUUCAGUUGAUAGACAAAGUUAGCGAUGCUUUAUGCUAGGAAACUUGUUGACAGUAACUUGUGCGACUUUAUGCGGAAGACAAAUGCUGGUAAUUAUGCACAGAGGAAAAAUAAUUUUAAGUAUGUGGUAAAGCAGCUUCAUCUUUCAAAAUUGAUUUGCUCUGGUUUUUCUUUAGUCCAUUAGAUUCCAGAAUGUCCUUUUACUGGGAAUUUAAUUAUGUAUUAAGAUAACCUGUUUUCAGUUCUUUUUGAAAAGAAGACAACAUUAUUAGUUAUAUUGAACCACCUUAUUUUAAAAUUUUUAACUUUUAUAUACCACUUCUGUGAUUCCAGUGUCAUGUCUUGGGUUUGAUGUCGUUGGACAGAAAAGUGUAUCAAUUAUUUUAAAUGAAUUUUUCCCCAUGUUUGAGGCUUAGUCUGUAAAUGUGUUGCUGUAACAGAAAAUACUUGGGUAUGCAUUACUUGAAUACUUGAAAACUGAAAUUAAUAAGAUGUAUUACAUAAUGAAUUAGAUUUUUCUGAACAGUUUUUACACGGAAAAUCUUCAUUUCUGGAUUGCAAUUUGAAAUGGAAUGAAGACCUGAAUUAUUUGGGUAGAAAAAAUUAUGAUAGUGCUUAUAAGGCCUGUAAACUCUUUUUAAACUCUUUUGUGUUUGGCACAUCAAACUUCAAGUUUUUUGUAAGUUUCUCUCCUGAAAUUUUCUUUCUCUUCUAUACUUUAUGCACUUACUAUACUACUGAUGUAAUAAAAGAGCAGGGUUAAAAAUAUUGUAUCUGUAUUCAUUGUGAGUCCUAUAGCUUUUCUAGUUAACAAAAAAUCGCUUUCUAAAAUACUCUUAAUCCCAUUGUUUUGGUUAACAUCUUACCCAUUUGUGGUAUUUCAAAUGCCGUUAAUCAUUUUAGUACAACACCUAUGUUUAUAAAAAUUUGAAAACAUUACAUAUUGUAUUUGAAACUAAUUAGUGAAGAGUAAGAAAAAAACUAGCCAACAGAAUUGUAGGUGAUGCAUUAGUUACAUUUCAAAACUCAUAAUAAAGGAACUUUCAGAGAUUGGUUGAAACCCAGUGGUAUCCCUGUAAAUUAGCUCCUGUGACUGGAAAAGACCCCAAAAAGGCAGUGGAGGAGAUUAGUGUUUACUUGCUGUGGUCAUGGUGUGCUGCUACUUAAUUAUAGGUAGUGACACACUGAAAUUCUUAUUGUCCAAUAAUCUGAAGUAGUUUCCUGUAUUUAUCUGUACUAAAUUGACUAUAAAUUGAGUCUGCAAAGAGGAAACUUUUUGACUCUACUGUAAUUAGGAGCCUUUGUACAGCUUGGUCAAAUCUCCAUGAUAUGAAGUAUUUGAGUUUUAAAAUAUACUGUUAUUAAAAGGAAAAAGACAUGGCCGUUAUUCCAUGUGCUUAAAUGAUAAUUUCCUUAUUCAGUUUCAGAAGAAAAAGAAUGAAAUUGGGUAACUGUCAUUGCGUUCGCUGGAUGUUGAAUUGGGAAAUUGCGGCAUAAAGCUUAAAUUCGUGUUUAUCAAAUGUGAACCAUAGUAUAAUGCUGCUUUGUAUAUAAUGUAAGUGCUACAAAUAGUCUCAGCACUGAAAAUGUAUUGAUACCUCUUAAAUGAAUGCAACUUUUGAUGUAGGUGUUUUGAUAUGCCUCAGAAAAUAUCUGAGUGUCUGAGAAUUUGUUAAUCUGUUUGAUAAUGAAGAUACUUCCUGUUUUUUUGUUUCAUAUUUUCAUGUUCACAAUUUAAGUUUUACAUUUUUACUACUGUUAAUUUAAAUAAAAUUUGUUCUGUGGAUAAAAGGAGGUUGGCAGUGAAGAAAAAUAAAAACAGCCUCAUUCUUGUAACUGGUUAAGUAAAAAUACAUUUUCACUAUGUGUUCAUAAACUUUUAAUGAAGCUGUUUGUCUUUCAGUUCAAAUAUAAGUGAUGUUUAGGCUUUAUUUCUGUUAAUAAGGCUUUUUACCAUUGAUUAAAUGAAGGAAUGUAUCUUUUUGAAGAGAUUUAUAUUCUGUAAAUAAAAAUUGGUUGUAACAAUAAAGUUGAGUUCUAACUACA